AUGACCGCUGAAAUAAUUGCUGAAAAAGCGAAAAGUGAAAAGAAAAAAUGCGACUCACUGUUACAACGAAGUGCUCGCGACAUUUUUUUGGAGGAACAAGCGGCAGCUGCUGCGGAUAAGAAGAAAUCCAAAAAACAGUCAUGCUACAAAGAAGCUCGUAAAUUGAAAACUCAGUGCUCACAGCUGGCUCGAUGUUGCAGUAUUAGCAAGCUUUGUCGUGAUACAUCUGCUAUCGAUCAAAAAAUUCGAGAGAAACGGGAACAAAUUCGUAAGUCAUUGCGAAAAUGUAAAAAGGAAAAGCGCCGGCGCAAGAAGGAUCGGAAACACCAUGGCGGUAAAAAGGAUCAAUUUGCGUCAACUCUUGAAAUGCACUUAAUCUAA